CGGAUUGAUUAAUAAUUUUUGUACUAUAAAUACCCAAACCCAGUCACUCUCUCUCACUCACAACAAACCCUAAAACUUUCAUCUCACCAUUCCCACUCACAAGGCUCACUCAACGUUCAGUCAUAAACCACCACCACCUCCAUGGAUUCUGCCUCGAAGCCACCACGACCAACUCCAGCGUUUCUGUUUCGAAACCACCACCACCGGUUCCUCCGCAAAGCCUCAACACACCUCCAUAACUAAACCAAAACUUAGCCACCGGUUCCGUUGACAUUGGGUGAUAAUUGUGCUGCGAUGUAUAAGGAACUUGCAAAGAGGAAAAACCCUUGGUUACGAGAAAAUCUCUGUGAAGAAGAAGGGGAACUGAAUCCAGACCAUUACACGCCUGAACUUAUGCAUUACAUAACACACUUAUCUAGUAAGCGACCAAAGUUCGAGGUGAAAGAUUUCUUCUUGUGUACAAAUACAAAGAAAGCUGUUAUCAUAUACUUGUUAUCCAAGAUAGGUGAGGCUGUGAAUUCGAGGGGUACUCCGACGACCUUCUCUAAGAGUUGUGGCUACAAACUUUUACGCAGUUUUCGAAUAUCUGCUACGGGCUAUUUGUUGAGAAGGAGAACAAUAGUUGAAAACACAAAUAGACUCAAUAGAACAAUAUUCUGGCGUGAUCAUUGAAAACGAUGAGAAUAAUUUGGCGAUAUUGUUUUGACAUCCAUCUCAUUAGAUGUCCCACCGAGGAAGAUGUGAUAGAAGAAUGAUAUCCUAUACGAGUUUCGCGACGACUAAAAGGAAUAAAUAUGUGCAAACCUUGGUAUGUAGCGCGUCCAACAAAUACAGUGGCGAUAUACAUCUGACAACUAACGGAUCACCAACAAAUACAGUCGUGACACAUUUGACAACUAACAGAGCAAGCGGAAGUCAACAACUAUACUGGAGAGCAAGAGUUGAGUCAAUGUUCCGGUGUGAUCGUUGAAAACGAUGGGAAUAAUGACCAUAUUGUUUUGACAUCUUCCAAUAUCGGCGUCUCACUAAAGAAGAUAUGAUGGAAGAUUAUCUGGCUGACGGUCUUAAGGUUA